CAAACUCAGUGAACAAAUAGCAACUACUCAAGCUGGAAUCAAAAUUCAAAGUUUGAACGCCCUAGGAGUUUCGGCAGUUCUCAGUACAAACUACAGAAAAACACACGGGUGACAACGCUAAUCCCCCAAAAAAACAAAAUACACCACAAACGACGAAAGGAACUUAAUCAGAAAACCGACGAAGGAUACGCAUACAGGAUGUCAGGGGCUGCAGAACACUCAGAUGAAGAGUCCUAUGCAGAGGAGUCCUUCGAGGAGGACUCGGAGUCGGAGGUGGAGGUGGAGGAAGAAGAGGUUGAGUAUAUCGAGCCAGAGGUGUCAAAUCCAAGUGACGCUCUUCUGUUGGAGGAGAGCGACACCCAAAGCGAGAGCGAUGUGAAAGCCGAGUUUUUUAACGGCAACCCACACGCCCGUCGCCAGUUGGGCGUCCGAAUGGUGUCCUACCUGAGUUCCUCCUCCGAUGACGAAAGCCAAGUGGUCAUCACCAAGACGGUAGCCGAGGUAAAUCAACUAAGUCUGCGAAUGGACACGCCUCCGGAGGAUGAAACGCCCUCAGUGCGAACUCUGAUGCCAGGCAGUGCCCAUUCCCGGGUUAAGGAUGAGGACAAGGAUGAUGACGAGGUUGAUGACGAGGAUGAUGACGAGAUCGAUGACGAGAAUGAUGACGAGGAUGCUGAAGUCGAGGAAAUCGAAGAAGAGGAGGAAGAAAUUCCAGGAGACGAAGACGACGCCCAAAGCGAUGGUUCCAUGGGUCGUCAGUCCGCCGACGAGAGCGACGAGGAUGAGGGCACGGAUGUGGAAGUGGAGCAGCUGGAGGAGGAUGAACCAAUUGUAACAGCUGUGUGCGAAAAGCCGGUUCAGAAGGAGAUACCACCGGCCCAGAAGGACAUUGUUUCGCUGGUGGAUGCCAGUGACAACAGUAGUGAGCACAGUGUGGCCACCAUGUGUGCAGCAGGAGACGAAACAGACAACACCUUGGCGGAGUCUCCCAGAUUACGAAAGCAGCAACCAGUUACUACAAAGGAUUCGGAAUCGCUAAAAGAGCAGGAAGAACCGGAAGAUCAAAUAGAAGAUCACAUGCAUAGCCACAAUGCACUUUUAAAUAGUUGUGAUUCGUUGCCAACAUCAAAGCCCGAUCUAGCUAGGGUUCGGUACCUGGAGCAGCAGAUGACCCAGAUGUCGGAAUUGAUCAUGAAGUCGUUCCAGAUCAAUGGAGGAGCGCCAAAUAGCCAAGCCUUCGAGCAGCUUGCCAUGGCCACGGAGAUGUUGCAGCAACGUAGUGACAGGCGAGGGGAUACUGAAUCCGAGAUGUCAUCGAUGACGGAAACGACUAUGACCAGUGCCAGGAGCUUGGGUGGAGGAAUUCGCCCCCUGAGAAUGCGGAUGGAGCGUUCUCAAGAGGCACUACUCACGACACGAUCUUCCAAGCUACUCAGACCCAAAUGCAGAUGUCCCUCGGAAUCGGAUUUAAUCGAACACGAGCAGGAACUGGAUUUGGGUCACGAGUUGCCACAUGACCUGGCAUCGAACGUCGGCAUGGACAUGGGAAUGGGCGAAGGCUACCUCGUAGACGAAUGUGGCCAGGGCGACGGACUCAUGAGGCAUCCACAGCAGCGCAAACCAAUGGAGUUCAACAGGCGAGCGGUUAGCGGAACUCCAAGCACCUUCAACAGCGACGGUUGCGAGUAUCAAAUCAAUGUGUCGCGUUCCCGCUGCUCCAAUGAUAAGAUUAACUAUAAAAACCUUGGGCGCAAAAGCUUUAGCUUUACGAAUCCCCAAGUGCGCGAGAUCGAGCGCCAGAAUCAGAUUCUUCUGCGCAAGAUGAUGACUGUGAAGCCCACGGCGACGAUCAAGGCCAGCACUAGUAGUAUAAAGAUCAAUGGGCCCGAGAAGCGACAGACACCUCCGGCGCCGCGACUCACCAGCGCUGCUGUAAACCGGAAGAAGAAUCAGCGCCAGAUCGACCUGGACAACGAUCUGCUCAAGCGGAAACUGGAGGCCAUCGGCACCCGGCGACCGCAAUUCAAGUGACGCCUCCUCCACGGGCAGCUCCAACUGUGUUCAUUAAGUAAUUAAAAGUGUUUAAUGCGAAUUUACAAAAUUAAAAUUUAUUGCAAGUUGA